UAAAGCACCAUCUGAUAUAAUUGGAGAUAAUUUUGACAUCACAAAAAGUCCAUCUCACAUGAGCAAAGAAAAGCAAAAAAAAAGCUGGCAUUGGUUCCUAUUGGUUGGAUUGAAAAGGAGAGUAUUGAACUUGAAUUUAAGUAUAGAUGUUCCUGUAAAACCUAUCUCAGAAGUUGAAAACAGCAUUUUUAUUCCUAGUGUUGCAGAUUGCAAAUCUCUGGAAAAUAAUUUUAUUCAUCAUAUUAUGAAAGUUUUGGUGAAAUAUUUUCCUUGCUUCCAAAAGUAUGAAUCUCACAUUCCAAAUUGGAUCGAACAUCCUCACAUGCAAGAAUUAUCACAAAAAUCUGACUUUGUGAUAUUAGAUUUACUAGAUAAAAGUGAAAAUAAAAAUGAGGACAUGAUCAGUAUCUUAGAGCACAUCCAUCAUAAUUACAUUCCACAUACAGCUGAUGAGCAUCCCCUUGUCAUCAGAAAGAAAGUAUUUGGGGGGGAUGUUCUCACAAAUGAGAGAGCCUAUUCUGCGCAGUUAGCAAUGCUAAAUGCAGCAACAGACUUUGAACAAAUAGCUGGUGUAAUACAUAGGCCAGAAGGACUGCAUAGAAUGAUGAAUCUCUGUCUGGUAACAAGAUAUCAAACCUGUUAAAGCUUGUGUUGAAGUUACAGUUCAGAGUUUCAAAUAUGUCAGGUAGACAUCUCAUAGUCUGUUUUAUUAUCUGUUAUAAAUACAGUGGACUCUCAGAUAUCCGGAUGCUUCUGUAUCCGAACGAUUUUUCAUCAGGACGAAAUUUUUAAAUGUUAUAUUGUUUUGUUUAACUGGUGAUUCAGGUAUCCGGACAAAUUGACUGGGAACCAAAGCGUCUGGAUAAAUGAGGUUCCACUGUAUACAAACUUUUAGCUGACCUACAUUUACUUUUUUCAAGCCAUCCAAUUUUUUGAUAAUUAGCAUGAUUACAUUCAGUUCAUUUAAAAUAUUAUACUCAGCAAUAAUACAUUCCUUUAAUAUUUUUUUUAAUAGUUUCUUCAUGUUUAAAAGCUUUUUUAUUGGAAAUUCUAGUAGGUUCUCAGGGAUGUUGUUAUGAAAUACAUGUUACAUCUUUUUCAUUGCAUCCGUUAAUAAAUAGCUACAUAGGGUAUAUAGCUUAUAGAUUUAUUUUGCUAUGGGACUAGCUAAGUGUUUUGGUAAUUAUGCAUUUUUAUUUUCUCUUUCAAUAUUACAUAUUAUAUAUUUUUUUGACUGUUGUUUAUUGCAUGAUAUUUUUUUUUACUAAUAUAACAGGUACAAUGUAUUAAAAUGAAAGUAUAUGCUCUUUUAAAUAAGUUGAGUGUCUUUAAUUUUUUCAUUAGACUGAUUUUAACAUUAAAAUGUACCGUUAUGCUUUAUACUUAUAGUAUAUCUGUAUUAUGUUUUAAAAUGAAUUUUCAAACUGUACACGAUAAAUAAUUUCACAUGAAUAACAUUUCAUUGUUUAAUGCAGAUUCUCUACCAGCAAUUCUACAAAACCUCAUCCACCACUGACAGAGGAACUCUUGCCCAACUAAGAAACAUUGUACACAGAGUCGAUGUCCAGGGAUCAGACAGAGUUAUUGAAAGCUAUAGAGCCCACUCCGCUUUCAUUGAGGAUAGCUUAGAUGCUUUCAUUGUUGGAGCAUGCAUGCAUCACUUGGGCAUGGAAGACAUUGGAUGUGAACCGAAGUCCAAACAGGUUCUCUUUGAGGCAAUCUCAUCCAGGGACAAGGGUCAGUUCAUUGCCAAUAUUGCAUCAGAAAUACAGAAGAAGUACAUCAAUCUGGAAAAUGAUUUGCACACAUUGGAACACGCUGCUGAAGAACUUGAUAUGCAGGAGCAACAAUUAAAGGACAUGUUUGAUGCAGUUGAAGGGAAAUACUCGUGUGUUGAAUGUCAGCGUACUUACAAGACAAGGGGACACCUUAAAAAUCACCUAACAAAAGAACAUGAGUGGCAGCUUCAUCAACCAAACCAAGAAGCUCGUGCAGAUCUUGAUCGAGUAGCCCUUUACAGGGCAUCAUUUAUGAAAUGUGCUCUCUUACUGAGAGACACAAGUGAUGCCUAUAAACUGGGAGAUGGGGAUAGAAUUAUGAAUAAUUCAAAAUUCCAAAUGCUUCUCUCCGGGAUUGGUCAUCAUACAAAAUAUCAACUUUGGCUAUUCCGUUUCUUAGCAAAUUAUCAUUGCUUAUUAAGUCCAAGAGAAGCAUAUGAGUACAAAUGGAAUUGUACGACUAACUUAAAAGGAGGAACUGAUCAUAACAUUCCUAAUGAUAAUUUGGUUGAGAUUUUGGUUCAUCGACUAAAAUCAAAGUUGCAAUCUCAAGGAGCCAAUGUGACGUAUGCAAGUGCCCGAAAAUCAGCAUUGACUCUUCAAAUACAAGACGAGAUCAAGGAAAAUUUGAUCGAAAAGUCUGGCCUGAAGAAAUCAGGUACCAUUCGCCCAAGCACCUGCGUUAACAAUGAUGUUGUACUUAUGGUGACUGAACUCUCUGCUGCAAGUGUAUUUGAUUACAUUCCUGGUAGAAAGUAUGACAACUUUAAAACUUUUUGUGACUUGUUUUCAAGGAUAAACUUGACAGAUCUACACAAAUGGUUAAGUAAACAAAAAGAGAGACUUUCAUAUGAAACUGUUUAAGGAGAAUUUGUAGGUUGUAAAUGGACGGAAACCUAAUUAAAAUAUACAAACAAAAAAUGUUAUUCUUAUUUGUUUAAUAUGUUGAAAUGUAAAAACAUUAUUUUUUCAAUUCAGUUAUUUUUU